CUGACGGUGUUGUAGUUACACCGCCUGGCCGCUGGGUGUCGCUGUGGCGCCAUGUGUGAAAGCAGCUCCUGUCAGCUGCUCGCUGUCUUCCUGUCAUCUGUGUCCCUGUUCGGAGUUCAGAGUUUGAUCAGAAAGUCCAAUUAAUGCAGUCUGUGAUCAUGAAGAGCUCCAAGGAGGCCGUGCAGGCUGCAGCCAGGGAGUUCCUGCAGUUCGUCAACAGAGGAGUGUCUCCGUACCACGUGGUUGAAGAAUGCCGGCGGCGUCUGUUGGAGGCCGGCUUCAUCGAGCUGAAGGAGACGGAGCAGUGGGACAUCAAGCCGUCCACCAAGUACUUUGUGACCAGGAACUUCUCCAGCCUCAUCGCCUUCGCUGUCGGUGGACUCUACCUGCCAGGAAACGGCUUCUCCAUGAUUGGAGCGCACACAGACAGCCCCUGUCUCAGGGUGAAGCCGAGGUCGAAGAGGACGAAGCAGGGCUGCCUGCAGGUCGGGGUGGAGUGUUACGGCGGCGGCAUCUGGAACACCUGGUUCGACCGUGACCUGACCAUCGCCGGCCGCGUCAUGGUCAAGAGCGACAGCAGGCUGGUUCACCGGCUGGUUCACGUGCCCAGGCCUCUGCUCAGGAUCCCUCACCUGGCCAUCCACCUGCAGAGAGACAUCAACGACUCCUUCGGCCCAAACAAGGAGAACCACCUUGUGCCGAUCAUCGCCACCGCCGUCCAGGAGGAGCUGGAGACGGGCUCUGCGUCCUCCGGAGACGCCAGCUGUGCCACCAGCACGGCGGAGAAGCACCACCCGGCGCUGGUGAAGGUUCUGUGUUCAGAGCUCGGCGUCGAGCCUGAAGCUCUGCUGGACUUUGAGCUCUGUCUGACCGACACUCAGCCCGCGGCGCUGGGCGGAGUGUACGAGGAGUUCAUCUACUCUCCUCGCCUGGAUAACCUCCACAGCUGCUACUGCGCCCUGCAGGCGCUGGUGGACUCCUGUUCUGGAGACUCUCUGUCCAAAGAUCCCAACGUGCGGAUGAUCACUCUGUACGAUAACGAGGAGGUGGGCUCAGAGAGCGCUCAGGGAGCUCAGUCCAACCUGACGGAGCUCAUCCUCAGCCGCCUCGCCUCCUCCGCCGCCAACCUCACCGCCUUCCAACAGGCGGCGCCGCGCUCCUUCAUGAUCAGCGCCGACAUGGCGCACGCCAUCCACCCCAACUACCAAGAGAAACACGAGGAGAACCAUCGGCCGGCUUUCCACAAGGGUCCAGUGAUCAAGUUCAACAGCAACCAGCGCUACGCCACCACCGCCGUCACCGCCUCCGUCGUCAGGGAGGUGGCCAGCAAGGUCGGGGUGCCUCUGCAGGACGUGAUGGUCCGUAACGACAGCCCGUGUGGAACCACCAUUGGACCGAUCCUGGCCGCCCGCCUCGGCGUCCCCGUGUUGGACAUCGGCGCUCCGCAGCUCUCCAUGCACUCCAUCAGAGAGAUGUGCUGCACCUCCAGCGUCCUGCAGAGCACCACCCUCUUCAAGGGAUUCUUCGAGUUGUUCCCCACAGUGAGGAGCUCGCUGGUCGUCGACUAGAGCCGCAAGAACCCGACAAAUCAACCAGAGGAUCUCACGUCGUUUUCAACACUUCAUUAAGAACGAUAACAGGAAAAGUGUCGAUGGAGACUCGAUGCUGAUGUUGAAAAUGACUGAAUGAUGUCGUCACUGUGCCACCAAAGAAGAAAUCACAUCACGGCUCACGAGCACUUCUUGAUCUUUCUUAAGAACUGAAAUUGUUUAGAAAAUAAAAAUACUGACAAGUUUUUCCUGA